AUCAAGCCGAAAAAACCAUGAUGCUCGAAACCACAGAAUCGGCAAGAUUGUACAUAACAUUGUGCGUAUUGUUUUCACACGGCAGUGGCAUAGCGUACGCCACGAUGUUUACGUUUACCCAGGAGCCCGUAACGGUCAACAACGCCACCAUCAGACCACUGGCGUAUCCUGGUUACUUCUAUUUUUUUGAUCCACUAGAAAAACCAUACUACGAUUUCCUUGUCGUCGCUGAUGGUCUCAUUGCUCUCAGUCAGUUCACGAUGAAUACAGCCGUCCAUAGUUUCGCCAUUAUCUGCGUCAUGCACAUAUGCGGGCAAAUAGAAGUCACGUCUGCGAUGCUGAAAGAUCUUUUCGGGAAAUACGACGAUGGGAUCUUUAAAAAUAUCAUUAAAAAGCACUUGGGAUUUUUAAAUUUUGCAGCUGAAUUGGAAAACGUAUUGAAUGAAAUGUGCUUCGUCGAAGUGAUUGGGUGCACAUUCAACAUAUGCAUGCUGGGCUUUUACUGCCUUACGGAAUAUGAUCCAGAUAAUUUGCUGGCUCCUAUCAUGUACACCACUCUAUUUAUUUCGUUCACCUUCAACAUAUUUAUUCUUUCUUUUAUAGGAGACAAACUUACAAUAAAGUGCAACAGUAUCGGAGAUAUCGCUUACAUGGUCAAUUGGUACGAAUUUUCGGGUAAGGAAGCUCGAAACCUUGUCUUGACUAUAGCGGCUACAAAUCGCCCCGUUGUUCUAACCACUGGGAAAAUUGCUACGCUAUCCCUCAGGAAUUUCGGCAACGUUAGAUUUUACAAUGUUUUCAAUUCGAUCGAGGUGAAAAGCAUGAGAAACGCGGCCGAUUUCGAGUACGCGGUACAAAUGACGCGCUGGCUCCUCCAGCCCCUGGGAAUCUGGCCCAGGGAUUUUUCCACCUUCCCGCUCGUCGCGCGACUCGCGUCCGUAGCCAUGUGCACGUUCCUCCUGGCGUUUCUCCUGAUUCCUUGUUGCUUGCAAAUGUUCCUCAUCGAGAAGGACCUCGGGGUGCGGCUGAAAAUGAUAGGUCCCCUGAGUUUUUGCCUGAUGAGCGUCUUCAAGUACUUCGCGCUCCUGGCCAAGGGCGGGGAGGUCGGCUCGUGCCUGUCCAUCAUAGCCGGGGACUGGGACGCGACCGCGAGCCCCGACAGGCGGAGCUUCAUGCUGGACAACGCGAGGACCGCCAGGUACUUUACGAGCGUGUGCGCUCUGUUCAUGUACGGGGGUGGGCUGCCCUACUCCACCAUCUUGCCCCUGACUCGCGAGGCCAUCGUCGUCGGCAACGGUAGCUACCGGCACCUCGCCUAUCCCAGUUACUUUGUCUUCUUCAACCCACACGUGAGACCCGUGUACGACGUGGUUUUUGUCGCCCACUGCCUGUGCGGCUUCGUCAUGUACUCGGUGACCGUUGGCCUGUGCAGCGUCGCCAUCCUCUGUAUAAUGCACAUUUGCAGCCAGUGCAGCAUCACCUCGUCGAUAUUGCGAGGCGUCAGAGGCAGCCUCGACGAGAAGACCUACGGGAAGAUCGUCAAGCAACACAUGUGCUCCAUCAGGUUCGCGUCGAAACUCGAGGGCAUCUUGAACAAAAUGUGCUUGGUGGAGAUGAUCGGGUGCACCUUCAACAUCUGCAUGUUGGGCUACUAUUUGAUAACGGAUUACGAGCAGAGCGAAGUCAUCGGUUCGAUAUGCUACGGGACUCUCCUUGUAUCCCUGACUUUCAAUAUCUUCAUAUUCUGCUACAUCGGGGACUUGCUGUCGGAGAACUGCCAGGAGAUCGGUAAGGUUGCCUACGCGAUCGAUUGGUACAAAAUUUCCGGCAAAGAGGCGCGCCAUCUCGUUAUGGUGGUCGCAUUGACGCAACGACCGGUUUUGUUAACUGCCGGAAAAAUGGUCGAUCUGUCGAUCGGGAGCUUUUGCAACGUAUUAAAGGCCUCGGUGACGUAUCUCAACAUGCUCCGGACUCUCACUGCAAACCAAGACUAG